AUGCACGGUCCAUUUGGCAAAAAAUGCCGAUUCUCAUUCCACGAUAGACACGAGAGGAUAUUUCGUAUGGGCUUCUUUUACAGAUAUCGAAAAUGUGUUCUUCUCACACUGGCCUUUCGAGAAGAAACAUACCUGAAGGCAAAACAUGCUGUGGAUCCUUUCAGUAAACAUUUCUUUAACAUCAAUGUCUGUGAUAAGCUGCCUGGAGACAGAGUGAUACCUGAUACUAGAAAUAAAAAGUGCCAGACUUUGAAUUAUUCUAAAGAUGUGCCACUAGUCAGUAUUAUAAUCACAUUUCACAAUGAAGCCAGGUGUGCAUUAUUUAGAACAAUCAAAAGUGUUAUUGAUAGAACACCAUCACAUCUUAUCAAAGAAAUAAUAUUAGUUGAUGAUUUUAGUGAAAAUGUUCAAGAUGGGCGAGAGCUUUUAAAGAUUUCAAAGGUUGUGGUAUUACGGAAUGCAGAAAGAGAAGGUCUUAUUCGCUCUCGUAAUAAAGGUGCUGCCAAUGCUACUGCUGAAGUUCUGGUUUUCCUGGACAGUCACUGUGAGGUCAAUGACCAGUGGCUGGAGCCAUUGCUGACCAGGAUAAAACAGGUAAUGGCAAAAAUGACCAGCAGUCAGUAG